AUGGCCCUCAGUGGGAUCCAGUCCAUAUCCUACCUUACCAUAUGGAUCGCGGAUCCGAUUUACGAAAGCAUGAGCAGGGAAUGGUCGUUCUUGUAUCUGGUUGCUUCAAGAAUAUGGAGGAGAUCCCCAGGAGACAGGGAUCACCUAUCCUCAAGGCUAGGGACGGGUUCAAGAAUGGAUCCCGUCGGGUUACUUAUUUUCACUACUGGAUUGGCCCUAGUUGAUUACAAUACGGGUGUUUGGUGGGGUGCAGACCUUGGAGAGGAAUCUCCACUGGCACUUACGGGAGACUUGGACUCUCACUCGCAAACGGGACGACCGGGGCGGGUCGCAAUGCUCAUCGUUGGACUCAUCUUAGCCCUCCCAUUCGGUCUAUGGGAGAUUCGCUUGCUUCCUUUCCACUCGCACCCAAAUGGGCAUACCAAAAUCGAGGGGCCCGGGAAAACAAGGGAUUACUAUUACAAGUCUCGUAGUAUAAGUCAUUUUGCCCUCGCUCCGAUCCUUGGAAUCCUUUUCCUGCUCACUCGUCGUUACAAGCCAUAUCUAAUACUUGGGAGUGCUAUGCUCGUUUAUUCGGUACUUGGUCUCUAUUCAGUGCGCAUUUCGGAUCUUCCCAACACGCUUGCUCCGACGGUAUUAUUGUUUGCGAUUCAAGCCCUCCGUGGAGCUAGUGCUGUGGCGAUUGACUUGGGGACGAUGGUGGGGUCCCAAGCCUCAGUUCCACACAACGACUUGGCCACAUUGGUGGGCUUAAUAAAUGCUUUACCGAUUCUUGCGGCAGCCAUGAGCCCAUCGUCGUAUGCAGCUAUUUUACUGCAAAUAUCUGAGUCGAGUAAUCAGGCUUUCACACUUUUGUUCUCAUUGGCUACUGGAUUCUCUAUCCUCUGUCUGGGUUUCUCGUUCUUUAUGCCGAACCAUUAUCUCGGGGAUACUCACAAUUCUGUAGAAAAGAAAGAAGAUGAAUGUGAACAGCAUUGA